UGCACACACCUUGAACACCCCCAUGAUGUCUACAGGCACAAAAUUAGCCUGUACACUACCACAGAGUCCCCACAAGCUUGUACAGUACGCUCUACCUAGGCGUUGCCCAUUACAACUUAGUUGAUAGGUAAGAACUGGGAAAGGUGAGGGAUUUUGAGGUAGUGUGAGCAAUACCACUCUUGACUGGCUUAUUGAAGGAGACAGAAAUAAGAGCCAACAUUUCGUUUAAAAUGUCCUCCACACUGAAAAUGGUGCUGCUGCUCGGCAUGAUGGGUUGUGGGCAUUUAAUCACAGUGACGGUUCCCCAAAAGUUUGAGAACGUGACAAAGGGUGAAAGUGCUCUUCUCCAGUGCACCUUUGUUACCACUGAGCAGAAAACCAGUGACCUCAUCAUCCAGUGGAAUUUUAUUUCCAAAACCUCCAUGGUGCCACAGCAGGUGUAUUACUCUCAGUCAGGAGAGGGUGUGAUUUCCAAACCAUAUGAAGGCAGGUUGAAGCCUUCCAGCUCUCCAGCUUCUACCAACAAUGCCUCAAUAACAAUAAGCAACAUGAAAGUGUCCGACGCAGGGGCCUACACCUGCGAAGUCCGCAACUUCCCUGAUGUCAGUGGGAAGACUGAGGCAACUAUCAUUGUCAACAUUCUUGAGAUGCCCUCUGUGCCGUUCUGUGCUGUCCAUGGUGAUGUGGAGUCUGGUCACCUGGUUACCCUCACCUGCCACAGUGUGCAGGGAAGCCCCACCCCCUCCUAUACCUGGACAAGACUGGACCAGGACAAGACCAAGAAACCUGUGCUGGGGUACACCGAUCCAAAAAUAGGAUCCUUGUAUAUUACAAACAUAUCCCAGUUUGAGUUUGGAGAGUACCAGUGCAGUGCCUCUAAUGAUGUGGGAGCUGAAACUUGCACUGUGGAGCUCAACCAUGAGCUAGGUGACGGGGCCAUUGCUGGUGCAGUCAUUGGAGCACUUCUUGGAGCUCUCCUAAUCAUCCUUAUUGUCUUGUACAUGACACACUCCAUGAAGAAGCAGAAAUACAAGGAUACCAAGGAAACGGAGAUGCAGGCCAAACCUAAGAGUUCAACCACGGUGGCAUAUGAAGGCGUCCCUACCAUGGAGAGUAGCCACCAGGCCUCUGUAACCUCCGGAGGGGUUCCCAUGGCAACACACAGCCACGUCUAUGCUGACGCUGAUGGAGAAGAGGCCGAGGCUUAGGAGAAGCCUGACACACACGUCUGGGGUGACAUCACUGUCUGGGGUGACAUCACUGAUCUGAAAAACACUGCUGCACUGAAGGUUACCAAUGCCUGUGUGUUUGGAGAGAGCAUCCAUAGCAUUUUCUAUUUUGUUUCUGAGUUUGUGUUUUUGUAUAAUGUGUGUUUUAUUGACACAUUUAAAUAAUGCUUCGUAUUUGUUUUGUCACUUUAAGAAACUUAAAGUUAUUGUAUUCCGAAUAUCUUUAUUUCACACGCAAAAAAUACUAAUCACUCUACAGCCUGAUUAAUUCUAAUAUGUGGUAAUCCAUCCAUUCCCUGACUAGAUUUCAUGAUCUAAUGACAAUUGCAUAUUCAUUGUGACAUUCUAACCAAUGAUGACUCAUCCAGGUUUUCUGGAAAAAAUAAAGAAUUUUGCAUAAA